CCAUGUAAACAAUUCCAGAGUCCAAAGCCCGGAGACAGAGAUCAUGCAUGGAAAAAUCAAAUUCCGAAUCCUAUCUGAGCUACGAAAUGCUCCAUGGCGCUACCGGAUUUCUUCGCCUUCCUCAUCUGUCGCUCUUCGAAGUUUCCUACAGCCAAAGAGACCUAAUCAUGAACACAUCCUUACAAUCUCUGGGUUUCGGUUUCAGAAAGAUCGUCAAGCUGCUUCCUUUGUUCAUUCUGCAUCUGCUUCCGGCAAAUUCACCGAUUUCAACAAUACCCAAUUCGAGCAAUCUGCCAUUGAUGUUCACAACAUCCUCAAGAAUCACCGUGAAAGAUCGAUCGAAGUGAUUGAGCGCGUUCUUCACAAGUGCGGGAUUAAGUUAACCGAAAGGUUGUGUCUUGACGUGCUUAAUCGGAGUCGAUCCGAUUGGAGACCCGCUUAUAUCCUCUUCGAACUGAUCUGUAAACAAGAUAUUUGUUUACCAGGGGCUGCUGUUUACAAUCAGAUUCUAGACGUUCUUGGCAAAAUGCGGCGAUUUGAUGAGUUCCACCAAGUGUUCGACGAAAUGUCUAAGAGAAACGGUCUUGCGAAUGAGGAGACGUAUGAAGUCCUGCUCAAUCGGUAUGCUGCUUCCCACAGAGUGGAUGAAGCCAUUGCCAUAUACGGAAGGAGGAGAGAAUUCGGGAUUGAGGACGAUCUGGCCGCGUUUCAAGGGCUCCUGAUGUGGUUGUGUCGGUAUAAGCAUGUCGAAGUGGCGGAAACCUUGUUCUGCUCCAAGAGAAGUGAGUAUGGCACUGUGAUAAAGACGAUGAACAUUAUUCUCAACGGGUGGUGCGUUCUGGGGAAUGUGCAUGAAGCCAAGAGGUUUUGGAAGGAUAUCCUCGCUUCUGAUUGCAAGCCCGACGCUUUCACCUACGGGACUUUCAUAAAUGCGUUGACUAAGAAGGGGAAACUGGGGAAGGCCAUGGAGCUAUUCAGAGCCAUGUGGAAAAGCGGAAGAGUCCACGAUGUCAAAAUCUGCAAUAACGUUAUCGAUGCCUUGUGUUUCAAGAAAAGAUUCCCCGAGGCUUUUGAAGUGCUGGAGGAGAUGAUCAAGAGAGGUUGCUCCCCGAAUGUCGUCACUUACAACACGUUCUUGAAGCAUCUGUGCAAGAUCAGGAGAACGGACAAGGUCUAUGAGCUGUUGGAAGUGAUGGAGCAGAGAGGUGGAAGCUGUUUGCCCAAUGAAGUGACUUUCAGCCACUUGCUAAAGAACUCGAGGGAGCCUCGAGAUGUCGAGGCGAUCUCGGAGAGGAUGGCUAAGAACAGAUGCAACAUGACAAGUGAUUUGUACAAUAUGAUCUUUAGGUUGUACAUGAAGUGGGACUGCAAAGAGAGGGCGAAUGAGAUAUGGGAUGAGAUGGAGAGAAGUGGGUUCGGACCAGAUCAAAGGACAUAUACCAUUAGAGUUCAUUGCUUGCAUGAGCAUGGGAGAAUCGCAGAAGCAUUGCGUUACUAUCGAGAAAUGGUGUCGAGAGGAUUGGCGCCGGAGCCAAGAACUGAGGCAUUGGUGAAGGAGACGAAGAUCGAUCUAAAGGAAUUUCAUGCAAUGGAGUAAAGAGCGGUGGGGAAGUAGAGACUAUGGCCGGAAAUAUCAAACGGAACAGAAGAGAACUGACUAUGAAAGCUAGGAAUCCUUUUUCUACGCAUUAUUAUCUUUCCAGCCAUCGCUAAUAGAUACUAGAUCUCAUAGCAGUUAAAUCAUUUUGUAUCACAAACAAAAAUAUAGGAAAAUCGUAUAUAAAUAUUUC